AUGGCAAGUUGCCGAUGGAUCGUACCCCCCGUUCAAGGCCUGCUGCUCUGCAUUUUGGCUCUGCACCUCUGCAUCCAGGACCCUCUUGCCACAGCAGAGCACAAUGCAGCCGCCAACGCCUCGGUGGCCGCCAACGCCUCGGUGGCCGCCAACGCCUCUGUGAAUGGAACAAAAGAAAGACUGGGGAAAGUGUGUGCAGCCUUCUCCUGCCAUGGGGACGGAUGUUUCAAAGGCAAGAAGACCGUUGCUAGAUGCAUUGUCGGGCAUGACUUCUGUGAGAUGAAGAAGACUGGCUUGAAUUACGUGGCGGGAUGUAGCAGAGCCUGCAAGGCUGCCAAACCAGUCUGUGCCGGUGGGAUGAAGGCUGCCUGUUACCAGGAGUGCUGCCCAGCUAUGCUGAAGGCUAGCUGUCUGAAACUGGACGGCAAAGUUCACGUCAAUGGUGCUGGGCAGAUGGCUCCGGCCCCGCUCCUGAAGCUCAUGGCGUGUGGGGUGGUCCUGCUCCUGAAUUACAGGGUCUCAGCUUCCCUUGGGGGCACGGCGUCCCUGCGCGCUCUGCUGCGAGGGGAGGCUGCGGGCCCCUGCCCGGGGACUUUGCCCAGGGAUGGCGACUCCAGGUUUGAGCUGCUCAGCGGGCGGCGGGUCCUGACCCUGGGGGGCUGUGGGGCUCCCUCCGCGUCUCUGCUCAUGGGGCUUCUGUGGCAUCUCUGCUCCGUGCCUCUGGCCGGUCACAGCGAUGACGCUGAAGUGGUUGGCUCUCAAGGUGUCAAACAGAAUGGAAAAAAGCUUGCAGUUAGUCAGAACUGGAGCCACAACAGCACCGAUAAAAGCACUCCCAGGCAAAACAAACUCAAUCCUGAAGUGACAACUGAAAUGGUGCGGUCCUCCAGCGUAAUGGUUUCAAACAAGGGUUCCGUCUUAUCCGAGCCAAAGUUUGGACUAAGAGAUACUAUUGUUAAAUCUCAGCUUGUACAAAUGGAGGAUUCCUACACACACAUCCAGAGGUUCAGAUUUUUUGUUGGGACAUAUAAUGUGAACGGUCAGUCACCCAGAGAAAGCCUCCAGCCUUGGCUGAGGUGCGAUGCUGAGCCUCCAGACAUUUACUGUGUGGGUUUCCAGGAGCUUGAUCUGAGUAAAGAAGCCUUCUUUUUCAAUGACACACCGAAGGAAGAAGAAUGGUUUAAAGCUGUAACUGAUAGUCUGCACCCAGAUGCCAAAUACGCAAAGGUGAAACUUGUGCGGCUCGUGGGAAUCAUGCUUCUGUUAUAUGUGAAAGCAGACCUUGCUUUGAACAUCUCCGAGGUGGAAAUUGAGACUGUGGGAACUGGAAUCAUGGGGAGGAUGGGUAACAAAGGUGGUGUUGCCAUAAGGUUUAAAUUCCAUAACACUAGCGUGUGCAUUGUGAAUUCUCACCUUGCAGCUCACACGGAGGAAUAUGAGCGGAGGAACCAGGACUUCAAAGACAUCUGCUCUCGGAUGCAAUUCUGCCAGUUGGAUCCAAAUUUGCCUCCUCUCACUAUUGGCAAACAUGAUGUGAUCUUAUGGUUGGGUGACCUCAACUAUCGUCUGGAGGAGCUGGAUGUGGCAAAAGUGAAGCAGCUUGUAGAUGAGCAAGCAUUUCUAGAGCUUUGCCAGUAUGACCAGCUAAAGAGGCAAAUGAAUGCAAAUGCAGUCUUUGAAGGCUUUACAGAGGGAGAGAUUUCUUUCCAGCCAACAUACAAAUAUGAUGCUGGCUGUGAUGACUGGGACACAAGUGAGAAGUGUCGUGUUCCAGCAUGGUGUGAUCGGAUACUCUGGAAAGGGCAGAACAUUGCUCAGCUGAGCUAUCGCAGCCAUAUGGCUUUGAAGAUCAGCGAUCAUAAGCCAGUCAGCUCUGUGUUUGAUAUUGGGGUGAAGGUUGUGAACGAGGAGCUCUAUCGAAAAGCCUUUGAGGAAAUAGUCCGCUCCCUGGAUAAGCUGGAGAACGCCAAUAUUCCCUCGGUGACCCUCUCCCAGAGAGAGUUCCAUUUUGAGGAUGUUAAAUACAUGCAGCUGCAGGUAGAGAAGUUUACAAUCCGCAAUGGACAAGUGCCCUGCCAGUUUGAAUUCAUCAGCAAACCAGAUGAGGAAACCUACUGCAAGGAGUGGCUGACUGCUAAUCCCAGUAAGGGCUUUCUGCUAUCAGAUGCUGAGAUCACAAUUGAGUUGGAGGUGUUUGUUAAUAAAUCAACAGCUACACACUUGAACUCUGGAGAGGAAAAACUUGAAGAUAUCUUGGUCUUGCAUCUUAACAGAGGGAAGGAUUAUUUUCUGUCUGUAACAGGAAACUACUUGCCAAGUUGCUUUGGGUCUCCCAUUCAUACGCUGUGUUACAUGAGGGAACCGAUUCAGGACAUGUCAGCAGAAUCCAUUCGGAAACUUACCAUGAUGCCACUAGAAAUGAGUGAUGACACUCUUCAAGCUGAAAAACCUCUGGACAUUCCAAAAGAGCUGUGGAUGAUGGUGGAUCACCUAUACCGCAGUGCUUCCCAGCAGGAGGACCUGUUUCAGCAGCCAGGCCUCAGACCAGAGUUUGAGCAAAUCCGAGAUUGUUUGGACAAAGGAAUGCAUGAUACCCUCCUUGGCAGCAACCACUCGGUAGCAGAAGCCCUGCUGCUCUUCCUGGAAAGCCUGCCGGAGCCUGUCAUCUGCUACAGGUUCUACAGCAGCUGUUUGGAGAGUGCCAGCAACUACCCACUGAGCAGCCAGAUUGUCUCUAACCUGCCAAGGUGCCAUAAAAAUGUAUUUGAGUAUCUAAUGGCAUUUCUACGAGAACUACUGAAAAAUUCAGGGAAAAACCAUUUGGAUGUGAAUAUUCUUGCAAGUAUAUUUGGUGGCUUGUUACUUCGACCUCCUCCUGGACAUCCUACCCCUGACAUAACUGAAAAGAGGAAAGCUCAACAGUUUAUCCACCAGUUUCUCUUGAGAGAAGACAAUUUACCAUGAAUUUCAGAUGCAGCCAAUCUGAUUUUUAGGUAUCAAAUUAUUGUAUAUUUUUUGUACAGUAUACUGGCUUUUUUUUGAUAUGACUAUUUUAUACAAUCUAUGGCUUUUGAAGGCACAGAUCAGGCAUCUUGAAUCAGGUGUCGCUGUUUAAGCUGUAAAGUGUAGCAAAUUUCUAAAUAAGCUGUAUGUAGACAGGCAAAAAUAUAAAAGCUGGUAUUUGCACUGUAUUUUAUUUAACUUGUAUUAAAACUCAGAAUUUUUAAGUCCUUGUUAUUUAAAUAAAAAAAUCAUGGUGCAUUUU